AUGGUUGAUUUCAGAAGUCAUCCCCGUUUAUUAUAAGAUCAGUUUCAGAAGUUUCCAAAUGCAUUAAAUGUGCUUACCGUAGCGAGCGCGGAAGUUUACGACAUGAGCACGAACAAAUGGAUGUUGGCCACCACUUGUCUCAUUUCGCUCAUGCUCUCUGUUAGUACCUUUUCAACUUUUCCAUGAACUUUCAUUUUACAGAGUUCCAUCGUUAUAUCCUCGGUCUUCUCCGUCGCCCUUUUCCGAACUCUCCGGAAGAAGAGAUCCCUCAUUUCUGCGCGCAACUACAUCUCCCACCACAUCGCAGUGACCAGUCUGAUGGCUCAAGCAGCCAUUCCAUUCGCAGUUAUCAUUAUUCCGAUUGGCACCAUUGUCUGCUCCAUCAUCAAAGUGUUUCCCAAUGCACAGAACAUUUCGAACGCGAUGAUGGCCAUCUACUCGUUCCACUCAACCCUUUCCACUGCUGUCAUGAUCGUCAGCACUCCGCAAUAUCGGAAACUGAUAGGAAGAGGGUUCAGGUAAUCAUGAUAUCUGUCGUGUCAGAUGUAAAACAAGAGUCAUACAGGUCUUCAACUGCCCUCGCAACACCUCAAUUGACUAAAAUUGCUCCUCUCCAGCCAAUCAACAAUUAUCGCUCGAAAAAACUGUCAGAGCCACAGUUAUGA